AUGAGUCGUGAAGGCCCCGGGUGGCUCUCCUGCGCUGCUACUCUCUUGUUGUUGCAUACGCUGGGGCUCGACUCACGAAAUGUGAAACAAGUUGUCUUCGGCUUCAUCGUGGCUCUUCAGGUCCAGCCAGGGACUUCCAGAGACAGGCUCGUUUACCACGCUAUUGGUGUUCUGCAAUGCGCAGUAUUUAUUGCGGCUGUCUUCCUCUUCUGCAGGAGCGUCCUGGCCACCAAGAAUACGCCAGGAUGGACUGGCCAGGGUAAGGUCUUGUUGUUCCCAUGCAAGACGACACAUUCGAGGUUCUUCCCGAAGAAGCACUCGUUUGAUUAUUCGUACCUCGUCGUUGGCAUUCCUGUGGGCUGGGAGGGCAUAUCGGGAGGGCUAGUUUCUUCGUCAUCGAAGAAGCAGUCCUGGUUCUCCUCGCCCAAGAAGGGAUGGUAUCAUGUCAACUCGGAGGAUUACCUUUACCGUGGAGAUGGGCAUCUGAGCUUGCGGGACAAGCUAGAUGUGUAUUUGAAGUCUCAGGGUGUCGAACCGGCUCACUAUCCCCACGCCUAUCUAGUCACGGCAGCAAGGUUUCUGGGGUAUCACUUUAAUCCUGUUUCCUUCUGGUACCUGUACUCAGCAGACAUGUCUCUGCGCUGCAUGGUUCUGGAGGUCAACAAUACUUUCGAUGAACGCCGCAUGUACUUGUUGACACCUGAAGAACUUGAGGUCGACGAGCUCGAGGGCUCGAGGCCAGAUUCUGUGGCAAGCGUCGGGAGUGAUGGCAAACCACCAAUGUUCAAGCAGCAGUGGCCCAAGGAUUUUCAUGUGUCGCCCUUCAACUCACGGAAAGGUCAAUAUAGCCUGUUGGCUUCCGACCCACUCAGGGCCCUGGCCGAAGGUCAAAGCCCGAUUGACACAACGAUUACUCUCAAAUCGAACAAGGGACACAGCAAACUUGUUGCCCGAAUUAUCUCGGAGGGUCACGCGGCCGACCCUUCGUUUAUGGGUCUGGUGCAAAAGGCCAAGUUCCUGCUGUCGUGGUGGUGGGUUGGCUUCAUCACUUUUCCCAGGAUCGUCAGAGAGGCUGGUCGUCUCUGGUUCCAAAAGAAACUUCAUGUGUGGUACAGGCCUGAGCCUCUAAAGGAGAGCAUCGGACGCAAUGCCGACUCUGCUGAGCAACAAUUGGAAAUCGCCUUCAAGAAAUACCUGCGAUAUCUGGUCGAUCAAUCUCAGGCCGCGAUCGCUGUCCACUACAUUCCUAGUGGAAUACCCGAUUCCGGGCGAGAGUUGAUGCUGUCACCGUCAGCGAAGAGUGGACCGGACAAUACGGAAGAGGUGGAGUUCAAGGUUCUGACACCGGCGUUCUACACGCGAUUCAUCUCCUAUGCCCACGAUCUUGAAGCCCUUUUCUCCGAACUCCGCGAGAGUUGUACGGUCUGGGUCUCGCGUCCAGACCUGCUGCCAAAGCUUCUGUUCAAGAAACCGGCAGUGACAUUGGAGGCCCAAAGUCCACUGGAUUACGUCUGUUUUGAAGCAAUUCGGUACCUUCGACGACGGCCAGAGAGGAUUGUCCGGCCACUGACUUCAAGUCACACCCCUUCUCCAUCAUCUGCAUCCGCCACCGUGGUCGACAUCCGAGAGUUUCGAAUAUCGUCAAUGGAUGCCUUUAUACUGCAUCAGGAGGAUGAGCAGCUGAGGAGGCAAUACAGAAGCCUCGUACUGAGGCUCUUUAUCGCAGAGCGGUUUGCCUUUGGGAGUCUUCUGCUCGUCGAUGCGACUCUCAUCCUGCUUCGGACCUUGCUGGCUUGGACGUUGGCUUUCGCAUGGCAAGGCAAGUGGCGGGUCCUCGGGGUAUCUCUCGCCAUACUGUUCAAUGGAUAUGUUUAG